AUGUUGCGCACGACUCUCCGCACGGCUACACAGAGCGCCAGCACGGGCCGACGAGCAUACUCGAGCAUCAAGCCCGUCUAUACAGCUCAUGCCACGUCGACCGGUGGCAGACAGGGCAAGACGUCUGCACCCGAGGCGGGCAUCCCGGAGCUUACUCUGGGAACGCCCAAGGGCCUAGGAGGCAAAGAUGAUCAUUCGAAGAGCAAUCCAGAGGCUCUCUUUGCUUCGACAUACUCCGCUUGCUUCAUCGGAGCCAUGGGACUUGCUGCCGGACAGCUCAAGGCCAAACUCCCGCCCACUGUUACCGCCAUGGCGGACGUUUCGAUAGGAAGCCCGACUGACAAUUCUGGUGGCUUCAAGAUUGCUGCCACUCUGCGCAUACCAUUUGAUUCACUCGAAGGGUCCGGUCUCGACCGCUCGGGCGCUGAAGAGCUCCUCAAGAAGGCUCACGAGCUCUGCCCAUACUCGCGAGCGACGCGAGGCAACAUCGAGGUCGACAUCAAGCUCGAGUAG